AGGGAGGUCGCCUCGGUCGUGCUGGAAAACGAAACCCAAGUAACGAGGUCCGACGAGGCGCCGUAAAAGCAAUGGUGAAAGCGCACGACUCUUGUGGAACCAUGCGUGGCCGUACGUAAUCACGCAGCCGGCGGGUGUUCUAAACGCCAAGCUUUUUGGAGUCAAGGCUGCAAGUUUUAAGCGUCUUGCACCGUCGAGAGCUGCUUUUCUCUCUGCAAGCGUCUGUGGUCAUUCCCGUCGAGAACACGGCGCUGCGUUCGCCGCGAGGUUGCUGGGUGUCGAGCCGACCAAAAUCUCUGUCGUUCGAGGAAGCCGGCGCCUGCGUUCCCUCUCUCCGCUAAACUCAUUCAAACAGGUGCCGAUAAAGGAAGCACAAGCUCGACGCUCUCCCUUCGUUUCGAGUGAGAGCGCGUAAAAAAAAAAAAAAAAAAAACACAGUGGGGGAGAGGGACUCGGGCACAUCUGGCUGAUCCAUGAGCGCGUCGCGCAUCAGAGACAUGUCGCUUCUCAUUGUGCUAAGCGGUAUCGGCGCGGCCGUCGCCGCCGCGCUGCUGUACCGGUACCUGAGCCGCCGGUACCGACCGCCCGUGCUUCUGGAAGACCCCGAGACCAAGUACACGGUCGCUAUGAUCGAGCGGGAGGAGAUCAGCCACGACACUCGGCGGUUCCGCUUCGCUCUGCCUUCGGCCGAGCACGUCCUGGGACUGCCCACCGGCCAGCACAUCUACUUGGUGGCCACCGUUAACGGUCAGCUGGUGCCUCGGCCGUACACGCCCGUGACGAGCGACAAGCACCACGGCUACUUCGACCUGGUCGUCAAGGUCUAUUUCCGCAACGUGCACCCAAAGUUCCCCGAAGGAGGCAAAAUGUCGCAGCACCUCGAGAGUAUGAGCGUCGGCGACACCAUUCAAGUUCGUGGUCCUUCGGGGCUGAUACGGUACGAAGGCAGAGGCAAGUUCGCCAUUAAGCCCGACAAGAAGUCACCGCCCCACCCAUAUCAGGCGUCGGAGAUCGGCAUGAUCGCCGGUGGGACGGGCAUCACCCCCAUGCUUCAGAUCAUCCGGCAGGUGUUCAGCGAUCCUGCGGACAAGACCAACUGCUCGCUUAUCUUUGCCAACCAGACGGAGGAUGACAUCCUGCUGCGGCCCGAGCUGGAAGAGGUGCUCCGGCAGAACCCCGACCGCUUCCGUCUCUACCUGACGGUGGAUCGGCCCAAGGAAGGCUGGACACAGGGCGUCGGCUUUGUCAGUGCCGACAUGAUUGAGCGGAACCUGCCAGCCCCGUCCGAUAACUCAGUCAUCCUCAUGUGUGGUCCGCCACCCAUGAUCAACUUUGCCUGCAAGCCUAACCUGGAGAAACUCGGCUACAGCCCCAAGCGGUGCUUUGCCUACUAAACACCGAUUAUGACGAGAUGGGGAGAAGGGGGCAUGUUUCUUGUUUAAAAUAUCGGACCCUGUUCUUGCACCUUGUUCCGUCUGCCAUAGAUCAUGGGUUUGUACCCGGCGUUCGAUAAAAGACAAAAGACCUCCACUUAGCAUAGGACGUGCAAGAUCUAAAGGCUCUACUAUGUUGACAAGGAAGGGUACUUUGUCUUACCACACUUGUGUAAAGAAGAGAAAUUUUCAGAACAGUUCGUUUGAAUUAUAAUGACUGUAUUGCUAGCAAUUACCCGAGAUAUUUUAAAAUGUGCUUUUUACAAUGAAUGGUAUUAUUUUUUCUCAGUGACUCGUUUGACAGUCCUGGUUUCUCUGCACCCACUUCGCGUGGGUUGCUGGCCAGUCUGCUAGAACUGCAUACUAACCUUGAUGUCUAUUGAGCUUUGUUUUUCUGUGUACGUAUAAGACCUGUGGGUUUUGCAAACUUGAAGCGAGCUCUCUUUGCUGCCUCUCGCUUGCAAGAAAUUCUAUAUGGCCUUCUAUGUACGUUUCCCUGUAGCCUGAAUAUUAAAAAAUAUACACAUAUACGUUAUAUUCCUCAAAAGCAGAAGACAUUCCAAACACAGGCUUCAGGUAUUCCUGCUGAAAUUGCUUAGCAUCCUGAACCUUUCAGAACUGUCAUUCGUCAAAGAAGCGGUUGCAUUUUUAGCUCCUGUACAACAGGUUCUUGGAGUGAUACAGUGUUUGGUGAUAAGCAGCGUGUGAGGAUAUCACUGGGAGAGAGAAAACAGGGCAACCCCGGGUGCAGAGCAAAGAUUUAUUGACUGGUAUUGACUAGUACUGAGAUUCUGUUACUCAGACGAUGUCAUCAGACAGUCAUACACAGGAACUGUGGUGGACGCAGGUGGCUCCACCAUGCAAUUGCAUGCAAACACACACACAGUGAGAGAGAGAAAAAAAAAAUAAUGGCAGACGAUUUCAGGCGAGUGCAGGUGGCGCCACCGUACACACAAGACCCCUGGUGGUGGCCUUAGCAGUCUUGCGAUCGUGCUGUUUAUUGGCUACCAAGUCUUACAGUAAGGCAGUCACAGAUCCUUCAUCUGAAUGUUACUUGUGCCUCCCACAUAUACUAUCAUUUGGUAAUGUACCUGCUUCUUACUGGUAACUGUAAUGUAGUUCUUUAGUUUCAACCGAGCAAUUUACGAAGGCUGUUAAGGUAGUUGAAACGUAUGUGUGAUUGGUAUGUAUUGUUAGAACAGUUUUUAGGCCAGUCAGCAUCGUUAUGUUCUCUUCAGAAGACUUUUCUUGGGUUAGAAUGUUGCGUGAAAAACAACAUGGUGCGUUCAGCUUGCACGGAGUCUUGUUGCGAGUUUUGUUUUUGCAAACUUUAGUGCAUGGUAUUUAUCACAUAUUUAUCACGUUUAUCGCAUGGAUUUGUUGCUCAACACUGAUCACCGUCUCUGUUUUAUUAUCCUGGUACUUGGCAGUUUGGUGCUUGUAUUCUUCAUAGGCCAUUUGGCCAAAGCAGAAAAACAAGGCCGACGUUCUCGAUUGCAUUUUUGUGUACUGCUACCAUAGCGUCGUUUACUGAAGCCUAUUUGUUGGGCUACAGGCUAAUGCAGCUGUAGUUUACUUAUGGGCUACAUGUUGUUUAAGUGCCGGAAGCUUGCUGUAGGCUUAUAAAUUCGUAUUUUCUUCAAGUGGGUACCUGCGAUGUCUUGAAGGGACACAUUGCAUAUUAAUUCUCUAAUUGCUCUCAGGUGUGCCGAUGGCCUGAACAGAUUUGCACAGCACUGAUGGAAGCGUUUUUUUUCCCUCCUUUUUGAUUUAGAAAACCUGGAAUGAGCAAUUCUGGAUAUGUGUUGAAAACCAACGAGAGACUGCCAUUCUUCUCAGGCUUGUCUGCUCGACAAUUGUUGCCAUGUGAUUAACCAUUGCUUUUGAAACAGGCUGUGAUAAAUUGCUGCCUUUUUGUCAGCCAUUCUCGUAACGCUGGCCUCUUUUCUGCUCAUUGGCAUCUUUUGUUUCAUUGCAUGUAAUAUUUUUGUCUUUAUUUUCUGCUGUAACUGCCCACACUGAAGCAGCUCGUCUACGUUCAUUUUGCUCAGCUUACAAUGUCUUUUUUGUGUAUUUGAUGUUCUGAAGUGCUGUUGUAACUUACAUAUCGCCUUCAUCUUACUGAGGUACUUACGUCUACCCACAGUGGUUUGUGCAUCAAGGCACAAUUCAGGAGUGCCCACAAUGAGUGUAUCUUUUCACUCUUCACUCCUGUUUUAUUCCUUGACAUGAUGUCAGGGCGUGGCUUUCAAGUAAAGGCUGCUAUUUCAAGAGGCAGUGGACAGUGACGCUGAGCGUGUAUUCACUGCACAUAAAAUGCUAUCACGUAGAAUGUCUUUGUGCAGGUAGAGUUUCAGUUAGCCUUCUGUGCUUGACGGAACGUUUUGCCUGAAACUGAGUGGGCUGGUACGGUAGCCCGGUUAUGUAAUCGGGAGAACGAUGGAAUGCCAUCUGGUUGGGUAAAAGCACCGCUUGUAGAACUGAUGACUCGGCGAUAUAAAAAAAGGAUGUGUCGAGAUCUCUGCAAAUUUUAAAAUGCAAAUUAUUGUUUUUAUUUACACUGGUCAGGGGCCAUUUCUACCAACGAAUAAACAACACAUAACAUGAGGGAUGGAACGCAGACUACAAAAUAGGAUUUGUUCGACUUGCAAUAUAGUGCGCAAGCGAAACAUGAGACAGUGGGUCAGGGACAUUGAAAACCUGAGCAGGAACUAAAUAUGAAUGCACUUUUGUGCAACAUAGAAGUCUUAUCACGAGUGCUGUUCUGCAGCUUAAUAGCACGGGCAAACAAUAUUCUUGUUAGUCAAGAUGGCAGAGGGGUUCGCUAGCACAAGGUGUGUGCACAGUUUACAUGUGCUAAAUUUUUUUUUUUGCAAGUUUGUUGAAUGUGCUGUGCUUCCUGUGUGGGUGGCAUUUUUUUCUACUUGUUUCUGAAAUAGCUGUACCUUCUAUGCGCUCAUUUAGUGUUCAUUUCUACUGCUUAAGCCUUCUCUUAUGGGUGCGUGCACAAGAAAGCCAGACUCUGAUCGUUAAUCAGCUGUCCGUAUCCUGAAACAGUUUCAGGGCACAGACUUGCCAAUUGUCUCGUACCUGUGGUUUUAGACAUAGUGACGCCUGACUAGGUGCACAUACCUGCCUGAGCAUUUUUCUCUUGCCAGAGGCCGAUGGGGCCAUUGCAGAUGUGAUCAAAAUGUUUAAUCUUAACCAAGCAUGCUGUCCAUCUUCUAAGUUUUUCUGGCUGCAAUGUUUCAGUAGAUUUAGGUCUGCGUAUAUUUCAUCCUUACCGUAUUGGCCAUAUUAUUUCAAUAAAUUGACACGAGCAAAUAUUUUAACCGGGUAGUUAGUUUACAGGUAGUUAAAAACUACCCGUAAAGGUUAAAAUUUUUCUGUAAGCUCCCAAAUUUUGUGACGAAUAGCGACUUUUUCGUAGAACCAACUGUAUUUGGUUCCAUCGAUUGCCAUUGCCUUUUGUAUACAUACACUAUGUAAUGUUGCAAUUUGUUUAUAUUAUUUCGGUGUCCUUGGUUUGUCGAUGUUUCGACAUGUACGAAGUUGCCCAUUCUUUGAUUUGCUUGUUAUUAUACAGAGGGUAGGUGUACUGCAAACUAGAUGUACAUGAGUGCGCAAGCUGUAUAGAGACAUAUUUUUGUGGAUUGUUUGUUGACGCAUAUGCAAGCGAGUGGACUGCAGCUAUCCUGACUGCCAUGAAAGCUCGUCACGGCUAACUGCAGCCUUAACUUAUUUUCGAGAGAAGGAAAUGUGUAGCCUGCCGUAGACCAAAACAUUUUGCACCUCGAUAUCUUUUCAAGUGUGAAGGUUUUCGUAGUUGUUGUAGUAAAUAAAUAAAUAAAAAAGACGAUUGCUUCA